AUGGUCCUCUCACGCCAUGUGAACCCGGACGAUAUCGUCCAGCACCUGCACAAUGCCUCGCUUCAGGAGCAGGAGGGCGACGAUGACGCGCGAACCCAGGCCGCCAUCACUCACCUGACGCCCUACUCGUCUCGCUACGCGAGCAACAUAAGCCUGCCUAAGUACAAGCUACCCAAGGAGGGAGCCGAGGCCGACACGGUCUACUCAAUGAUUCGUGAUGAGCUUGACCUGGACGGGAAGCCGAAUUUGAACUUGGCUAGCUUCGUGGGUACCUAUCUUGAAGACAAUGCCCAGAGGCUCAUGGUAGAGAACAUUGCCAAGAACCUCUCCGAUGCGGAUGAGUACCCUGCCAUGAUCUCCAUGCAGCAGCGCUGCGUGAGCAUCCUGGCCCACCUCUGGAACGUCCAGCCCGGAGAGAAAGCUAUCGGCAGCGCCACCACAGGUUCCUCUGAAGCCAUCCAGCUCGGCGGCCUCGCCAUGAAGCGCAGGUGGCAGGAGGCCCGACGCGCCGCCGGCAAGGACGACAGCAAGCCCAACAUCAUCAUGGGCGCCAAUGCCCAGGUCGCCCUCGAGAAGUUUGCCCGGUACUUUGACGUCGAGGCGCGCAUCCUGCCCGUGUCUGCGAAGAGCAAAUAUCGGCUCGAUGCCGACAUGGUGCGGGAGAACAUUGACGAGAACACCAUAGGCAUUUUCGUCAUCUUGGGCAGUACCUACACGGGGCAUUACGAGCCCGUGGAGGAGAUUUCCAACAUCUUGGACAAAUAUCAGGCCGAGACUGGGCAUGAUAUUCCGAUCCACGUCGAUGGUGCGAGCGGUGCUUUCAUUGCCCCCUUUACCCAUGCACAGGCUGGCGGGCCCAAGUGGGAUUUCUCACUCCCCAGAGUCAAGUCCAUAAACACGUCGGGCCACAAGUUCGGCCUCGUGACCGCCGGCGUGGGCUGGAUCGUCUGGCGCGAUGAGUCUUUCCUGCCCAAGCACCUCGUCUUCGAGCUGCACUACCUGGGUGGCACUGAGGAGUCGUACACACUAAACUUCUCCCGGCCCGGUGCCCAGGUUAUCACCCAGUACUACAACCUCGUCCACCUGGGUUUCUCAGGUUACAGGGCCAUCAUGGAGAACUGCCUGGCCAACGCGAGGUUGCUGUCCAAGUCCCUCGAAGCCACGGGAUGGUACACUUGCGUAUCCGACAUCCACCGCCGCGCCGAGACGGUGGGUUCCCAAGAAGACACCCAGCAGCCCCUGGCACGGGGGCAGUCGAGCAUGAAGGAAGACGUCGAGCCCGAAGAGGGAAGAGCGACACUGGACAGCAUAGCGCACAGCGUCAAGUCGGCAGCCAAGGCGGUGACGGGAGGACGACACGGACACGGCGCCAACGGCAAAGAGAACGGCAAGGAGAACGGCAAGGAGAACGGCAAGGAGAACGGCAAGGAGAAUGAAAAGGAGAAUGGCAAGCAGAACGUCGCCGCAGUGACUCCGGAGCGUGGUGGGAAGAACUCUGCCGACUACGUAGCCGGCCUGCCGGUCGUGGCAUUUUGCUUGACGGACGAAUUCAAGCGCGAGUUCCCGCAUGUCAGGCAGGAGACUGUAUCGGUGCUCCUACGCGCGCGCCAGUGGAUCAUUCCAAACUACGCGCUGCCGCCCAACGAGGAGAAGACUGAGAUAUUGCGCGUCGUGGUCCGCGAGAGCAUGUCUCUCGAUCUUCUCGACAGGCUUGUGUCUGACAUUUGCGAGGUGACGCAGAAGCUGAUGGACGACGACGACAUUGACCUCAACGUCUUGCAAGGGAGCAGACACAAGGGACCCCGGACCAAGGCUGAUGUGAGCAAAGAAGGGAGAGCCCAUGCCAAGAAGGAGAGGCAAGAUCGGAACAAGCAACACCAGGCUACCGGUAGGACAGGCAGGAUGGAAAGUGGCGUUCACAGGUCGACCUGUUAG